AUGCUCAGCGUACCACCUCAACCACAAAAUCCCCUCCCCACCGGAUAUGAGCAACAGGGCCCAUCCACCUCUCAACCCUACUCACCCCAAGUACCCGCACAACAACAAUUCUAUCAACAAAGAAUGACAGCUUCACCCCUACCCCGAUCGCCGUCUAGAGUCUCCCAGUUAAGAGGAAAUGAACGAGUACAACGAUGGGCAAAUCCCUACCCGCAAGCCGGUCAAUAUGCACCAUCACCGACUCCAUCAAUGAUCUCUCAUACAUCCGAUAUGGACAUGUCGAUGAUCUCGAUACAAUCCUAUGCGAGUCAAAUGAGCCACGCGUCUCAGAAUCCCGUUCAUACGAUAAGAAGGAAUCUGCAACAGCCGCAUCCCUCCCAACCAUCACCUGUCCCUAGUGAAAAUAUUGAUCCUGCGGCUCAAAAUCGAAUGUGGCAACAAAUCGAGCACAUCAAGACCCAUUUGCAAGGACCGCAAUGGACGAUGGUCAUCGAGCAGGAAGGCUUUUGGAGCUGUGUCUCACACCUUGUCAGCUCAAAGGAAUUUAUGGCAUGUAAUAGCCAAAUUCUUUACGGUUUUCUUGAAGUCUAUAUUCGAAAGCUUCACUCGCCUGAUGUUAAACCAAUGCAAGCAAAUCACUUUCUUACUUUGAUUUGGUGGUUGAUGACGAAUCACAAAGAAAUCCGCGAGACUUUCAUCAAGAUUUAUUCGCAAGAUCGAAACAAAUUAAACGCUUUGAUCGCUUUGAUGAACUAUCCUGCGAUCCCGAAUAAUCCACAGGCCUCAAACAUUUAUCGACAUAAUGGACACUAUGCUUUUCAAAUAAUCUUCAUGUUGGCACACAGGGAAAGAGAUGGGAUUCCCAAAGUGAACGAGGAAAUUCUUGCAUAUCUUCGCUCAAUCCCUGGUCCCGGUCAGAUUCUCUUCGAAAAAUUCUUCGUCCCUUCUCCUGGGAUUCAAACUUUUCAGAAAGGCAAUUUACAACGAAAAGGAGAUGGAGUCAAGUUUUUAUUGAGGACUGUUGAAGUUCUCUUGGAAAGAAGUUUGGAUGAUGAAGUGAAUAAAAUCAUUGGCAAUCAUCGACUCAUUGAGACAAUCAUCGGACGCGUGUUCGACAUGGAUCCAGAAGUGUUCGGUCAUGGGAUCAAAAUCGUGCAAGCUUACUCUCAUUUGAGAGAAAUAAAGAAAGUCGAUAUGGCGGGUGUUUUCUUGCAGAUUUGUAAAGCAUUGGAAAGAAAAGAGAUUCUUAACAACGAGGUGAUCCUUUGCCAUACUGUUGGCUUUCUGAUGAACGCUACGGCGAAUCAUCAGGAGAAUAAGGUUAAACUUUUGGGCACUGGAAAUCUCGUCUCGACACUAAAUUGGCUCGAAUUUUACUCGAAAAAAGCAAAUUUAAAUGAAGCCGAUCUUAUUGACAAUAUGAUUGGAGUGAUCAGCAAUUUGGCGAAAACCCCUUUCACAAUGGAUCCAAAAAGGUUCAGCGAUCUCUACGCGACAACGAAUCAACCUUGUGAUCAUCUCGAGAUCGCUCGCAUCUAUGAAGGCAUCAAAAUCAUUCUGAGCAAGAAAUACUUCCAAGAAACUCUCUUCCGAUUGCUGAGACGAGAUCGAUUCGGCAAUGUAUACAAUUUGUCAAAUCCAAAAGAUGCCGCUCAGCAACAAUUGCGAAUAAAGAGCACAACUUUGAUGACAAAAGCGAGGAUUGUGAGGUUGAUCAAUGUUUUGGUGUCCCAAGUGAAAACCGAUGAGUGGACAAUUCAUUUGAAUCAAGUAGUCGAUGAGAAGAAUCUCGUCGAUAUUCUUCACGAUUUGGCCUUCCUCUUUAAAGAUCCUCCACUUGACAGCCAACUCUUCGAAGACGCUUUAAAAUUAGAAGCCGACAUCUUUGAGCUCUUUUCCACAAUCUAUGAUCAUUGCCCAGCUCUGAAGUUGCAUUUGGAAAAUCUUUUCAAACUUCAAAAAUGGAAUCCCUUUGAAUUAUCGAAAGGCUACGAGCUUCGCGAGUCGAAAUGUGUCCCUUCACUCAUUUGUGCGAUUCUCGAUUUCUGCAAGAGGAUUUUCAAUGAUCGAGAGGUGGUUCAAUCGUUCGCCAACUAUCAAUCAAAGUUCGACGAGUUGAGCAACAGCGGAUAUCACGAAAUCCAGAGCCGUGCUCGCGACGUGAUGGCAGUGAUGGGUGCGGAUCAAGGGAUCCAACUCGACCCAUUCGGCGGCUUAUUCAGUCGAGGUUAUGAGGACGAUGUUAUGGAAUCA